AACUUGAUUAUUAUCUAAUAAAACAGAAGGAAUUUACAUCAAUUUGAUAUGCAAAUACAAUGUGACAAAGAACACAAUUACAUCCAGUAAUUUACAAGUUAAUAGAUAAAAAAAUAUACAGUGUAGGCCUACAUAUGAGCAAACCAGGCUGGUAAAUAAUUCAAAGUGAUUUUAAAGGAGCUAUGACCAUAAAGGUAUGCAGAUCAUUCAACUCUUAGUCUUAAAAAUUGUUUUCAAAUGCAAUAUUGCUUGAAUCCUAGUGUGACUUAUCUGCGUUUGUCGUUAAUUCAGUGGGACACAUUUCUUUGUUUCUUUCUAUAUGUAAAAAAAAACAAAACAUAUUUUAGUUUAAAAUUGGGUAUCAUUAGCAUUACAAAGGUAAAAUUCAUUUUAAAAUAAAGAUCGAUAGUUUAAGAUCCGCAAAGAUUUUCUUUUUCUUUUAAAACAUUACUAUGGGGUCAUGUACACUUGUAUUGUUGGUCUAUAAGUUUCUGCAUACUGCAUCCUGUUUAUAAAAAGGCAGGUUUGUAUUUGAUUUUUAAAACACUGAGUAGAGGGCACAUUUCUAGAGAAAACAUAUUGGUUCCUUAUUUUCUAAGGUUAUAUUGUUAUAUUUUCUUACACAGAAUAUACUCAUAAGAGCCAUCUUAUUGAUCUUUUUUUCCUGUAUUUAUUUGAAUUAUUGAGUUAAUCCAAAAUGUAUUGUAACAUAAUUGGAAUAUCUUUAUCGUCGUCAUACAUACAGUAUCUUGUGUGAUAUCGUUGAUAUCUCUCUCUGAAGUAAUACAAAUAGACACAAAUAAAUAAAAGCAGAGGUAGCAGCAAUGACGAUGCACUGCAAUAAUUCAAUUAAAUGUUAAUCUACAUAUUACACAUUGUACAGACUAUAACAUUGAAAUAUAACAAAACAAAAUUGGAUACAAUUGGAUUCCUAAAUGCUAAAAGUAAUAAUAGCUGGAAAAAAAAAUAGACAUCAAUAUUGAUUAUGAAUUAUCAUUAAUUCACAAAGGCUUUUACGUCAACAGCAGAGACCGGAAGUCCUGCCUCUGUGUAUUCCUCCUGGCUUCACGGCGGUGCGCAUCUCACCGACCGGGAAUACCGAUUUCUGAACAUUUCGGCCUUUUCCCCCGCUGCACCGUAAGCUGUGUUUUCCUGCGAGCUGCUGCAAAGGGGAGAGGGCUACCGGCGGAGAGGAGGCAUUGUAACGAGCAGGGUUCUGACAGAGGGAGAUGACACUCAUCCAGAAGGAACAGUGUUUGUUUUGUAUGGCGAAAUGAGGCAGGGGGUGGAGAGACGCCACAGAGACGCUGGGCUCCGGCCAAACAUCUCCGCAUUUUAGCACUUAUUCGAUGCUCGGGAUUUGCAUUGCAUUGCAUUUGCUGCAUCGUUGAUCGGCCAUAUUUCUGCAAAGUGCAUGGUGGAAAAUGCAGCUUGUUUGAGGACAUCCCCCCUCCAGAUCCCCGUUGCUGCCAUGACAGGCAGAUGUCUCCUCUCGACCGCGGCUCGGCCGGCUGGAGAAGAGGCAGAUUGAUUCGGGACGGUGGGUCGCAUCUGCGGAUGUUAUUCGGUCUGUGGAGCCUGUGAUUAUCAUCCGCGCAAACACACCUUGAUUCUCACUCAGGGAAAGAGGAGAGAGAAAACAACAUGUCUUCUCGGUCUGCAUUACCGUCUGGAAACGACAGGAGUACUGGAGACCAUCAUGUGUCGCUGGGGGCCAGUCGCUCAGACAAGGCCACUAGCCAGUCCAGCCGCUCGCUGGGGGCCCGGAGCAGGAUCUCCAUCGCCUCCUGCUCCGACGAGCAGCCGCACGUCGGCAACUACCGCCUGCUCAAGACCAUCGGCAAGGGAAACUUUGCCAAGGUCAAGCUGGCCCGCCACAUCCUGACAGGCAAGGAGGUUGCAAUAAAAAUCAUUGACAAAACUCAGUUGAACCCAACCAGCCUUCAAAAGCAUGCAUGA